CUAGGCUCAUCCAGUUAGCGAUCUUUAGGAUUUUUUGGAAUGGAAGCCCUCAGUGUGGGAAGCGAGCACCGGGUGCCUGCGGGUGCUGGCGCGGGGCGGGUGAAUCAGGGAUGCUUUCCGAAGUCCAGAGAAUCUGGGAUGCCUGGGUCAGGUUUGGACUACGGGGGAACCGGGGGCCUGUCCCUGAGACCAGAGUCUCAGGAGUGCUGGCGCCGAAUUGAAGCUGGGGAGUUACGGUGCGGGCGCCAGGUCCGGGAUGAAAGUCAAGGGUAUUAGCGUUAAGUUGAGGCUAGAGAAUCGAUGGAGUUGGGAAGCUGGGGUUGGGGGGAUCCCCUACGUCCUACAGCCGGUCCCCGCUCACGGCUCUGGCUCUCCCAUAGGAUGCAGAGCGCCGGGAAAGCGCUCCAGGAGCUGCUACUGUCGGCGCAGCGCCAGGGCUGCCUUACUGCCGGCGUCUACGAGUCCGCCAAAGUCCUGAACGUGGACCCAGACAACGUGACCUUUUGCGUGCUGGCCGCUGACGAGGAGGACGAGGGCGACAUCGCGCUUCAGAUUCACUUCACGCUAAUCCAAGCUUUCUGCUGCGAGAACGACAUAGACAUCGUGCGCGUGGGCGACGUGCAGCGGCUGGCGGCGAUCGUGGGCGCCGGCGACGAGGCGGGUGCGCCAGGCGACCUGCACUGCAUCCUCAUUUCGAAUCCCAAUGAGGACGCGUGGAAAGACCCUGCCUUGGAAAAACUCAACCUGUUCUGCGAGGAGAGCCGCAGCGUCAACGACUGGGUGCCCAGCAUCACCCUCCCUGAGUGACAGCCUGAAGUGGAGGACCUUGGUCUGAUCGACGUGGUGACGCUCCGGGGCGCCUAGCGCGCUGCUGGCUCUGGAGGGGCCCUCGGAGGGCGCCCGAGUGCGGCGUGGCGAUUGGCAGGCAGGGCGCCUGGGGAGCGAGGAGCGCCACCUCCCGAGGAGGGGGCUGGCUUGGAGGCGGCUGGGGCAGAUUGUCCCCAGCCGAGGACUCUGCAAGUGUCCGGAGCGGCUGCUCGCACAGGAAGGCCGAGGCAGGCACGUUGGUCACAGGAAGGACAGACUGGUGGGACAGGCGUGACUCAGCCGCCUGCGCUUGGCUGAAAGGAGAGGAAGAGCCAGGCGAGGAAGCCUGGACUUGGUACAGCUGCAGGAGUGGGUCGGACUUGACAGACUGCACUGCUUUUUCUAAACGGAUACGGGCAAUGCUUUAGUUUCUAAAGGAUGCUGCCGUUGAAACUUCUGAAUUUUCCAAUAAAUUAA